UGGUUCGAGUUGGACCGGCCGGGGUGACUCGCUCAGUCAUACUCUUCUUCAAGCUUCAACUUCAAACCCCGAGGUUCCAAGAAGGCCCUGGUUCGUUUCGAUUGAUCAGAAUGCCUUUCAUUUCGAGGAUACAGCGCCAAUCCGACUACAGUCUCUUCUCUCCAUCCACACCUAUUGUUAUCGACAAUGGCGCCUCCUAUUUUCGAAUCGGAUGGGCUGGAGAGACCGACCCCCGCGUUAUUUUCCGCAACAUUGUUCAGAGACCUCGCCACAAAACAACUGGUGAAACUGUUACUAUUGUUGGUGACCAUGAUUCAACACUGCUUAAGUAUUUUGACUGUACUCGCUCGGGACCUCGUUCAGCUUUUGAGAGCAAUGUUGUUUAUCAGUUCGAGAUAAUGGAAUACGUUCUUGACUUUGCGUUCGAUCGAUUGGGUGCAAAUGAAUCACAGAUUGAUCAUCCAAUCUUGAUUACUGAAUGUGUUUGCAAUCCAGUUUAUUCUCGGGGUAAAAUGGCUGAACUGCUAUUUGAGACUUAUGGUGUUCCAUCAAUAGCAUAUGGUGUCGAUGCUGCAUUCAGCUAUAAGUAUAAUCAACAACAUGGGGUUUGUGCUAAAGAUGGUCUUGCUAUCUGCCCUGGAUUCACAACUACACAUGUCAUCCCAUUUAUCGAUGGUGAGCCGGUUUAUAAAGGAUGCUGUAGGACUAAUAUUGGUGGAUUCCACAUCACUGACUAUAUGAAGCAACUCCUUUCCCUUAAAUACCCCCAUCACAUGGCUCGGUUUACUUGGGAGAAAGUUGAGGACCUGAAGAUGGAACACUGUUAUAUUGCGCAAGACUAUGGUUCUGAAGCUCAAUUAUUUCAGAUAGGGGCCAAGGAAGCUGAAGAGAAAACAAGGUGCUGGCAGCUUCCCUGGACUCCUCCUCCAACUGAGGAGCCUCCUUCAGAAGAGGAGCUUGCUAGAAAGGCAGCUAUAAAGGAAAAACAAAGUCAGCGGUUGCGAGAAAUGGCUGAGGCAAAAAGGUCUUCCAGGAUAAAUGAGCUAGAGAAUGAACUACAUGGCCUAGAAUUUCUCCUGAGACAGCUUGAACAAGUGCAGGAAGUCGACAUACCAUCCUUCUUGUCAGAAACUGGUUAUGUUUCAAAGCAGGAAAUAGAUUCUGCUUUGAUGAAGGUAACACAAUCUUUAAGAAAGACAAAAGGUGAACCAAAGGGUGAACAAGCUGAAAUUGAAGAGAAGAAUGAUCCUGUUACAAGUGAAAAGUUCCCUCUUAUUGAUAUCCCUGACAACGUGCUGACUGCAGAGCAGGUUAAGGAUAAGAGAAAGCAAUUGUUUCUUAAGACCACAUCUGAAGGUCGGCAACGAGCUAAACAGAAGCGUCAUGAAGAAGAACUGGAACGUGAAAGGAGAAAUCAAGAAGAUGAAGUAAAACGCUUAGAAAACCCAGAGCUUUAUGUGGAGCAGUUGCAAGUCAAAUACAAAGAACUAUGUGAAAAAGUUGAGCAGAGAAAGCGACUUAAGACAAAUGGGGGACAUACGAAUGGAAACAAUAUAUCUGGAGGUGUUGGUCGCGGUGAGAGGUUGAAUGCUACUCAGAGAGAGCGGAUGCGUCUUUUAACAACAGCAGCCUUUGAUCGUGGUAAGGGUGAAGAUACUUUUGGUGCCAAAGAUGAAGACUGGCAACUGUACAAACUGAUGAGCAAAGAUAAUGAUGAUGAGGAUGAAGGGCCAAACGAGGAUGAAUCGGAGCUAGCUCGCUUAUCUUCUAGGCUUCAGGAAGUAGAUCCAACUUUUGUCCCGAGGUUAGAUGUUGGAACUUCACAAUCUACUGAAGUGCCACGGUUGCGUCCUCUCACUAAGGAAGAUUUUCAGAUUGUUUUCGGAGUUGAAAGGUUCCGAUGUCCUGAGAUCUUAUUUCGUCCCAAUUGGAUUGGGAUUGAUCAGGCAGGUCUAGAUGAGAUGGCUGGAGUCUCGAUAAGGAGGUUGCCAUCACAGGACCAGGAGUUAGAGGCGAGACUGACCAGUUCGAUAUUUGUAACUGGGGGAAGUUGUCUUUUUCCUGGUAUAAAUGAGCGCUUGGAAGCUGGAAUACGGAUGAUCAGGCCUUGUGGUUCGCAGAUAAAGGUUGUGAAAGCGUUGGAUCCAAUUCUUGAUGCAUGGAGGGGAGCUUCCGCUUAUGCUGCUUCGUCCCAGUUCUUCACCCAAACUUUUAGUAAGAUGGACUAUUAUGAGAAGGGUGAAGAUUGGCUUCGCAGAUAUGAAUUGCGCUAUACAUUAUGACCUAUUUUGUUAAUUGACAAGCUUUUUGUACAUCAAUCUUUCGCACCAGAUAACAAGAAAAUCAAUUUUUAAACAAACCUCACUUAGGCUGUAGCUUAAUGUAUUAGGUACAUCUUUACUGAAGUUUUCUAGGAUUUUUAUAUGGCAUUGCAGCUGCUUACCAUCA